UGCUCAGUAAACCAAGCCAGGGUAACACAGUAUACAGCCCGCCCCGCCGCGGAGGUGCCGGUGAAGCCUAGGACCCGGCGAGUCUCCGCCCCGCCUUGCAGCCCGGGGUACACUUCAGGGGGUAUAGGGCCAAGCCAAGGAGGACGGGGACCCAGGGCUGUGCCGCUGUGUGCCUACCCCUCAUUCCCUGGCACCAGGGCAGCCCCAGGGUGUUUUUUUUUUCCUUGUCCCCGCCACCUCCUGGUCCCUGGCCCAACAUGAUACUGACCAAAGCCCAGUACGACGAGAUAGCCCAGUGCCUAGUGUCUGUGCCGCCCACCAGGCAGAGCCUGAGGAAGCUGAAGCAGAGGUUCCCCAGUCAAUCGCAGGCCACUCUGCUGAGCAUCUUCUCCCAGGAGUACCAGAAACAUAUUAAAAGAACACAUGCCAAACAUCAUACUUCGGAAGCGAUUGAAAGUUAUUACCAGAGGUACCUGAAUGGAGUGGUGAAAAAUGGAGCUGCCCCAGUGCUCCUGGAGCUGGCCAAUGAGGUGGACUAUGCACCCUCAUUAAUGGCUCGGCUUAUACUGGAGAGGUUUCUACAGGAACACAAGGAAACUCCACCCUCCAAGUCUGUUAUAAAUAGUAUGCUACGGGACCCUUCUCAGAUUCCAGAUGGAGUUCUAGCAAAUCAGGUCUAUCAGUGCAUUGUGAAUGACUGCUGUUAUGGACCACUGGUGGACUGCAUCAAGCAUGCCAUUGGUCAUGAGCAUGAGGUCCUGCUGAGAGACUUGCUUCUGGAGAAAAACCUGUCCUUCCUAGAUGAAGAUCAGCUCCGUGCAAAGGGAUAUGACAAAACACCAGACUUUAUUUUACAAGUUCCAGUUGCUGUAGAAGGGCACAUAAUUCACUGGAUUGAAAGCAAAGCCUCAUUUGGUGAUGAAUGUAGCCACCACGCCUACCUGCAUGACCAGUUCUGGAGCUACUGGAAUAGAUUUGGGCCAGGCUUAGUCAUCUAUUGGUACGGAUUUAUCCAGGAGCUGGACUGCAACCGGGAGAGGGGCAUCCUGCUCAAAGCCAGUUUCCCCACGGACAUUGUCACCUUAUGCCAUAGCAUAGCUUGACCCCGAAGAUCCUGGAAGAGGAGCUGGGAGGAAAAGUGCACUCACAGAUACCCAGUGUUGCAUUACCGUCAUGGAAUAAUCUAGCAUAAACCUGGAAAAGCUGAAGGCAAGAAGCUUGAAACGAACAUUUUGCGCCUACCUGCAGGGCUCCGGGAGACCUAGAUGGCAGCUGUGCUGUGUGCUUAUUUUGUCCAGUCUCUACGGCUUCCUGAGUUCUGUGACAUUAGGCCAAGCUGCAAAAAUAUACCUGAUGAGAAUUUCCUCUUUGUUUAAUGCUUAUUUGAACACCAAACAUUUUACACUUAAUCUCAUUUAAAAGCAUUAGUUACUUUGUAUCUAGAAACCACACUCAUGGACUGGGGUCCGAGAGGAGAGCACUGAAGCUUAGUGCCCCACUGAGAAGAGUUGCUCUUUAAACGUGGCUAGUUGUUGGGAUGUAUGUGAGCCACUAGUACUUUUAUGAGUAAAAUUUUUUAAAAACACAUUUCGUACCCUGCUUUGUAUAUGCGUUUUUACAUCACCAUAACUAUAUAACUAACACUCAAGUAAUUUAGGCAUUAGAAAUGUUCAGCUUUGAAUGAACUAAGUGUACCAGAAAUAAACCUAGGGCAAUUUUUAAAUAAGCAAAAUAAAGGAGAUUUUGUAUUUGUUCACUUUAAUUUAUUCACUUUUAUAUACUAUAAACCAGAUUUUAGUCUAAAGCAAAACAUCAAUAAAUUAAUAAUAAACCUAUCUUUUGAGAAGUUAAUCUGUACCCAAAUUGUAUUUAGUAAAAUAUGUGCUUCUAUGCUAACAAAAUAUAGUAACUUUUAUAAGAUUGAAUAGGUUAUUGUGGAAAUAUUAAUAACAAUGUAACUUCUGCAAACAACCUUAGGUUAUAUACAUUGCUUGGUUUUUUAAAAAAACUAAAUAUAUCCUUUGUACUUUGUUCAUUUUGCACCUAAGGAGGUUUGCAAAAAUCUGCCUGCUGUUUUGCCUUUCAAAGGAUACAUGUCAGGUCCAAACCUGUGGAUUUUAACGCUGUAGCGGGCUGCCUUAAAUCAAAAGAGAGUGGAAGAAGAUGAAAUGGUGAAGAUGUAUCAGGCAAACUUCUAUUUCAGUAUAAAAUUCAUCAGACAGGUUUUGUGAGUGACAUAGAAUGAUUUGAAACCAUUACUAUACUGCCUUGAUACACACACACUUUAAACAAAAAUGUUGUUAAAAGCAGGUUUCAUGGCCUGCUCUAAACUGCUUUUUCUUCUUUAGGAAUAAAUUACAUUUAUCUGCACAGAUGUUGAAAAUCCUGUUAAACCCUUGUCAAAGAUUUGUUUGUUUUACAUUAAACAAAUUUAUGAUGAGCGUGCACAAAUAAAUUAAAAAAUAAA